AUGUCAAGGUACCAGAGGACCCCCUUGAAAAACACCGACAAUGUGGUCGAGGUCAAGAGCAAAUUUGAGGCUGAGUACAGACGUUUCGCUUUGAAGAAGAGCGGCACCUGUGGCUUUCAGGAGUUUUACCGGCUGCUGCAGACCGUUCACCACAUCCCCGGUGUGGAAGUGCUGCUGGGAUAUGCUGACAUCCAGGGUGACCUGCUGCCAAUCAACAAUGAUGACAACUUCUACAAAGCCCUCUCCUCAGCCAACCCACUGCUCAGGAUCAUCAUCCAGAAGAGAGAUGUGGAUGAGCCUGUGGUAUUUGCCACCAACUCCCUGCAGAGGAGGAAAAAAGGCCUGGCAGGGUUGCGCCCGGCACAGCAGAAAACCAAACCAGGCCUGAUGAUUGGCCUUCCCCAGGACUUCCGCCAGAUCUCCUCCAUCAUCGAUGUCGACAUCCUGCCCGAGACACACCGGCGUGUCCGCCUGCACAAGCACGGUACCCACAAGCCCCUGGGUUUCUAUAUUCGGGACGGGGUGAGCAUGCGGGUCACACCUCAUGGCGUGGAGAAGGUGCCUGGUGUCUUCAUCUCGCGGCUGGUGCGUGGAGGCCUGGCUGAGAGCACAGGCCUGCUGGGGGUCAACGAUGAGAUCCUGGAGGUCAACGGCAUUGAUGUGGCUGGCAAGUCUCUGGACCAGGUGACAGACAUGAUGGUGGCCAACAGCCACAACCUGAUCGUGACGGUGAAGCCGGCCAACCAGCGCAACAACGUGGUGCCCCGGGCAAGCAGGGUCUCGGCAGGGGGGAACAGCUCCUCUGGAUCCGUAGGCUCCGCAUUCUCCCAUGACUCAGCCCCCAGCACUGCCUCUCAGAGUGUCAGUCACCAUAGCAACAGUAACAGCGUGGCGGAGGGCGACAGCGACGAGGACGGAGAUGGAGACCUUAUCAUUGAGACUGACAGCCUGCCACCUUACCUGCCCCAUCGCUGUGUGUCCAACGGUAACGGCAGCCACAGAGAGUCUCCAUUGUCCUCGUCACUGGGGCAACGGCCCCUCCCCCAGAGCAUGUCCCUGCCCAGCAGCGGCUCUCUGUCAGACAGCAAGGCCUCCCUGAGCUCCCUGACCACCCCUACACACAACGGCAGCCCCACCAAGACCAGCAGCAGCCAGGAGAGCAUGAGAGAGGAUGGGAACAUCAUCACACUGUAA